UUUAAUUAAUAAAGACGGUUCUCGUCAAAGUGGUGACGGGUACAGUGUCUUGAAGCCUCGUAAUCGUUUCGUGUGGAAUCUACCAGAUGCAUUUACCUAACUGGCCAACACCAGAUAGACAGCAGGGGUAAUAUCUUCUUAACUGCCACUAAAGGCUAAUAAAGCUGAUUUAUCGCCAGCGACGAACUCAUCUACACCAGAAAAAAUAGUGCCAAAACCGCCGUGAAGGUCCUCGUUUUUAAGGGGUAACAAAACCAGAGGAGCGUGCGGAGGAUACGGCAUUAAACCUGCUUGGGCAAUUGGCUGGUUAACAGCGGUGGCGCGGCGGGCCAAUCAGAGCGCGGCAGCUCCGGAGCUGUCUGCUAUUAGAGGCACGGCUCAGAAGUCCUUCAACAGAGAGCAGAGAGAGGGGGCUGAGCGCUCUCGGCAGCCAUUUUCCUUAAACAGGACUCAAUGGCCUAUAUGGGUUUCCUUUGUUCCAUAAGGGAUCUUACACUUGAUUUCCUCAUCUCUCACGGACUAUUGAUAAAACUAUGAUUGCUCCUUUUAAAGGGAUGGAGAAGAUGGAAGAGAAUGUGCUGGAUGUAAUACCCUGUGACAUUUUGAACCUUUUUUCCUCUGCCUGGAAACCAUCUUUGUCUUAACUAGGUCAUGGCACACCCAAAUAAUAGUGUUUGUAUUUCUUAAAUGAAAAGAAACCAAAUGUUGUGAAUAAACAGCUGUAUGGUUUUGGAUAUGUUAAAUGAUAGAAAACCACAGUUUAAGUGACAACAUGAUGGCAUUGCACUUAUGGCCUUGUAGGAAAUGAGUUGCAAUGAGUAAGUUCAAUUCUUUUAUAAUCAUUUAACAGUUUUUACAGCUUAGUAAUUUCAAAUGUGAGGCAUGCAGUAAUUGUUAUUUAUAGUACUUGUUGUCAUUUUGUUCUAUUUAACGUAUAACAAAGAAAUUCUGUAAUAGCCAUUUGCUCAGACUGUUCACUGCAUGCUGACAUAAAUAUACAGAGUUUAUACCACUGCUCCAAAGCAGGCCACAAACAACCUUUUCACUAUAGUUUGUGUUUUUUUACUGUUGAUUUAUCACCCUUUUAUUUUGAUUAAUGACUUAACACUUUUCUCUCACAACAGCAAGAUGGCAAGUCUUGCACCUUCUCGUGCGACUGUGGAGAAAACCUUAGGCACGGUUAGGUUGUGCUGUCGUCCACACCACAUUUAGGAGGCAAACGCGUCCAAAGUGUGAGCCUCAGGUUGACCUUGCCUGAAGGGGACAUUUGAAUAUCUAAUGAAGCCUUUUCUGGCAGUCUUUAAAUUUUUUUCAAUUUUUUUUUUUUUUUUCAAAAAAGCUCCUUCUACUAUUUAAAACAAACAGCCGAAUGUAAGAGGGAAGAGGUGGAGUGAAAACUUUCAUGGUGAGAAUAUUUACCUCGGUACAUUGGUGAAACGCAGUUAACAGGCCUAAACGCAGGGACGGGAGGACUGUUUUCAGCUCCAUCUUCGGAUCUUCUAAUAGUGGCAUUAAUGGGGGGUAUGAAAACGUCCUCUGAAAAGGAAGGAAUCCGUUAGCUCGACAGAUAGACCUCUUUUGAAAACUUUAUGUUCACUGAUAGCAUACCCUCUCAGCCAACGAAUAUGCAUCUUCAAGCAUCAUCUGUGUGGGCAUUAUGCAAACCAUCUUUUCUCUCUUCUUGAGGACAGGAUUGCAGUCGAGUGUAACCGUCCAUUUCGACAUUUCUAUCAGAGCAACAUCUCAUAAAUCUACAAGGAUUUUUUUAAAGGUAACGGAAUUUGAGCUAUUUCAUAUCAUUUUCCUGUUUAUAUAUUAAAAUAUAUUUUUUAGAGGACAGACAUGAAUACUUAUGACCAAUACGAUUUCAGUCGAACCAAGCUGACUUUAGUCGUUUUUUAUCUACAGUCCAUGUGAUUGAUAUAUCAAACUUACAGUUAGUAUUCAAAACACGUAUUCCAGGUCAUAAAAGAGAAAAUUGACUGUUAUUGGGAUACAUCUUGUGUUUUUCACUGCUUCCCUUUAUCCAAAGAGACCUUUUGGUGGUAAGUAGCAAUAGUUGUUCAGUGGUUUCUCUGCUGCUCUCUGUCUCAAAAUGGCUUCUUUACAGACAAAGGGAGCACUGUGCUGUAAAAUGUUACUGCGCCAUAACUGGGUGAGGCUCAGGAGUGAGCCUUUCAUCCGAGGACGUUGUUCGGCGUUUCAGCUAGCUUUAAAAGGAAGUCAAUACAACGGCCGUGUGGUGGGGGGUGGGGCAGUGAAUUCAGUGGACAUGGUUCGUGUUUGACAGAGAAAAGAGGAAAAAUUGCUCAACGACGCUACGUUUGAGGAAGGACAUUUUAAUAAAAGCUCCGUGUUCCAGUCGGACGGUUGCUGUGCUGACUCGCCUGGCAACGGCGGUAAUCCGAGAGCUCUGGAUGGUUGCCAUGAGAGCGCGAGCGCGGUGCUGCUCCCCCACACUGCCAUAUAAGGUCAACAGGAAUCCUCCGCAGCGGAGAAGUCGUGUCGUAUCUGGGUGAAGGGUGCUUCGGUCUCCUGCGCCUGCUCUCUGCUCGGAGACACAAACCAGCCGGCACGAAAUGUAUCUAGCGCCGGUGGAAACAAAUAAGCUGCGAUUUUGCCUUUUUCUUUUUUUUCUUUUACCAUUCUCCCCCUCCCCUGUGAAGGAGUUAAAAAAAUAUAGGUGGGAGGGUCUUUAUUUUCCUGCGUUGGGGGAGGAGGUAGGGGGGGUUCAAGACGUAUCUCUCAUGUUGAUGGUGCCUGCCACGCACUCCUGCUUGCCUGCAGUGAAUAGGAAGCACUAAAUCGCAGUCUGCGUCGGAGGCCUGUUUUUCCUCGGUCUCAGUUCCUUGCCCCGAGCAGCCAUCGAGCGCGCGCAGCUAGGUCACGAGGCUGCUGACACCCUUCUCUCAAGGUUGGCCGCCUGUCCCCCCAGCCCCCAGUGCAGUGGGGAGGUGGGAGAGGGGACAUUUAUUUGAAGAAUGGUUUUGUGUGUUGGAUGAAGUGGAAAUGUAACUUUAGAGUUUACGAGAUUGCAUUGAAAUCCAGCAGCCAGGUUAUUUAUAGCAGGCCUUUGUUGGGAGGGGGAGGGGGGCAGAAAUACCCGGUGGGUGCGCCGCUCAGCUUUACCGCUGACAAACUGGAAUAUUUGACACAGGGGAUUGGCCUCUCUUCCACAGGACAGCUGCCUCUCUGCACGCCGAGAAAAAUCCCAACAAUUGUUCUUUGUUCAUGAGGGGCUGGCUGUGUGCGUGUGGAUCUACUGUAGGACAGAUCUCAAAUCCUUUACAGGCUGCUUUUUAUUCAUAUGUGAGGCUUCCCGUGUUAUGCUGUAAGUCAACCAAGCACUUUUUUUCUUAUCUGUGCUAGUGUACAUAGAUUGGUUUUCUCCAUAGACUGUGCUGUUUGCCAUAGCGUGUCUGACUGUGGACAUGAAGCCUGUGGGAGCAGGGAAUGGCUCAAUGGAACCAGAGGCAGACAGGCACAUAGACACACGGCUCUCCUUUGUCCUCCCCAGCUGUUUAUUCUGGAGGACUGCUCACUGAAUCAUUUCAGGUACCCAUGGAGCUUUGUGUCUUUUUUAGAAUUAAUGAGCAUACUCGAUUUUUCCAGUUCUUCUUCUCUUUUCAGAUUGGUAUUGUAUCACAAUUCAGUGCCAUCUCCUCUCAGUAGCUUCUAAAUAUUUGCACGUGCCUCUAAUGUAAUAUUCCAAAGUGUGUUUUACUUGCUGGCUAUUCUGACCAGUCUCUCUGUUUGUGAUAUCUUUUAAUAAAAAAAAAAGAAAGAAUAUUAGCAAAUUGUCAUGGUUUAUUUUUACACUUGUUUUCCUCUUUCUUUGUGGAAGCUGAAGUAUGCUCCUUUUCUUGCGAAAGGUUUCAGGCCCAGAUGAAAAGCAGGGAUUUGUUAUAAAACCCCCAGUAGUCCAGUGAGCGUCGGCUCACAUAUCGCGGGCUGACAUUCCUGGAACAGCAGUUUGGCUGUGACUCUAAAAAUGCAAACAUCUGAGCACUGUAAAGGCUUCCCUUUCCCUAACUGUCCCUCAGAUUCGAUUUUGUUGGCUGGCAGCUGAAGUGGCUCGGACCAAACGCAGCCUUUAAGUGUAUCCUGGUGGUACACGCCUCUGAUCUUCCCUCUCCUGAUACAAUAACCAGUCUCACUGCAAUAUCCUUCAGAUACACGUCCAGAGUCUUUUGUUUGCUCUAAUCUUGAAUCUUUUACUUCACCGGCAGUGUUGAUGAAAUAUUCUCCUUCACCCGUGCAGGGACCGACUUUCUAAGCCUGCUGAGCCUGUUUUUCCUGAUCACUGACACCACAUUGACUUAGAACAUUCAAGCCUGAUUCAGAAAACUAAUCUAGCUGAAACAAUGAAUAAUCGCUCCCGAUGCCUCGCGUGUCCUUGUGAGCCUCCUGAACUCUCCUUUCCAGCCCUGCUUAUUUAUGUGCUGGUUUGAUUAGCCUGUCGCCUCCACAUGAGAACAUGUCCUUAUUCCACUGAGGGAGGGAGGAGAAAAUAGAUUGUCCUGGCAGAGGACGAGUGAUGUCGCUGCAGCGAGAGGCUGAUGAUUCAAACGGAGCGCAUGGGCAGAAAAGCCUCACUUUGUGAAUCAUGUUGAUCAUUUAAUCUAAUCUGAAAGCAUCCUCUGUUACAGAUGCUUGUCUCGCGCAAAAGGAUUCCUUUUGCUUCCGUAAUAAAAAUGAAUCAAACCAAGUCAGUGAUGUUUUUUGCUGUUUUAUUCAAUCAAUGACAGCAACAUCUCUGCAUGAUGGUUUAAAAAAAAAAAACACCAACAGACCCCAAAUGUUGUCUCUCUUAGCCCUUAUCUGCCCAGGUUCCUGUCAUUCCAUUCAGGGAACACACACCCGGUUUAACCAUUGGCUGCAGUCCCAGCAUCACGCAUACCUUUCACUGAUUAGAGAUCAGCCCGCUCCGACACAGCUCUGGGGGCCGUGCCUCUUCCCCAGCGGUUAUCUCCCAGGCUCUGUCCCUCCGGUGUCCACGGCCGGCGGAGGCAGAGCCUCAGCGAGAGCACACACCCAGAGAGCAAAGUGAGCAAACGCACUCAAACAAAAAAAAAAGAAAAAAGAAAAGAGGAAGUGGGAGCAGCUUCUGGCGCGCUCGCUCAGAGGCGCGCCGUGCUCUCAGUCUGGUGAUGGGUUAGGAGAGAAGUGUGGGGGGGGUAAAGUGGAAACAGCGUCAGGGUAUCAGGAACAGGAAGCGGUGAGCUACCUGGUAAAACAUGAGGCUUUUUUGUCCCUCUCAGCUGAAGCAUCUCAGCACUCACAAAUGGAGAUUUGGUCGUUUUUGCCAUGAAUGCAGCGUAGAGCGGUGAGGGUGCAUCCUCUGCUCUGUUCCACCGGACACUUUUCUGACUCAUCUGGAGGCAAGAUGACAACUAAUCGAAGUGGUGAGGGCGCCAUGAAAAAGGGAGAAGAGCUUAAAAUUGUGAUUGUGGGAGAUGGAGGCUGUGGGAAAACGUCUCUUCUGAUGGUUUAUGCCAAAGGGGACUUUCCAGAGAAGUACGCGCCCUCGGUGUUCGAAAAAUAUGUCACAUCUAUCACACUCGGAGGAAAAGAGAUAAAGCUCAACCUGUACGACACAGCCGGACAGGACGACUACGACAGACUACGGCCGCUCUCCUACCAGGAAGCCAAUCUGAUUCUAGUCUGCUUUGAUGUGACAAACCCCACCAGCUUUGAGAACGUCCAGAUAAAGUGGUUCCCGGAGGUGAAGCAUUUUUGCCCCAACAUACCAGUCGUCUUAAUUGGCUGCAAGACCGACCUCAGGAAGGAUAAAGAGUGUGCAAGAAAGCUGAAGGCCACGAAUCAGGAUCCCAUCACUUACUUACAGGGCGAGGAGAUCCGCCAGCUGAUGAAAGCAGAACUCUACCUCGAGUGUUCCGCGAAGUAUCAGGAGAACGUGGAAGACAUUUUCAGAGAGGCAACAAAGAGGGGUCUGGCCUCCAACCGAAAACAGAGGAACCACAAGAGGAAGAGGAAAUGUGUGGUUCUGUGAGCGUGAAUAAAAGGACAGGGGCUCCCACGGGCCCGGCCUCCUGCAGGCCCUUCGGUGCUGGGCGUCCCUAAGCUGCGCUGCGCCACACCAUCAGCCAGGUUGCUUUUUAUGUGCAACGCAAUCACUAUUGCUGCAACAGGAAAGACUGUUUCACAAGCGGCAAUA